AUGUCAAUAUCAGUUGACACUAACAAUCUUAGUUUUGUUAACGAUUUGAAUCCUGGGAAAGAUAUGUGGAACAUGAAAGCGAGAAUUAUUCGAAAAUGGAAUCAGGGUUACAAGAUGGAUCUCAUCUUCAUUGAUGAAAAGGGUGCUAAGAUUCAAGCAGGUAUUAAGAGUCAUAUGAUACCUGUUUUUGAUGGACAACUUCAAGAAGAUGUUGUUGUGAUUCUGUCGAAAUUUGGUGUUGGUGAGAAUAAAGAUUUAUAUAAAGUAGUAGUGCAGCCUUAUAAAAUCAACUUUUAUAGAUGCACAACUGUUACUCCUGUGAGAGAUUGGCAAGGUGUUGAGUAUGGUUUCAACUUCAGAGCUUAUGAAGAUAUUCUUCAAGGAGAGGCGUUAAACGCUUUGAGUGUUGGUAGUAUUAAGGACUUCAUUUCUAAAAUCCCACCUCAUGAGCAUGUGAUGGCUGUUAUACAGCAUGGAAAAUGUAAGGAAUGGAAAGGUGAAUAUACUGUUCAAAGUGAUAAGUUUGCAACACGAAUUUUUCUGAAUGAAGAAAUUGAUGAAGUUAAUGAGCUAAGGAGGAGGCUUAUACUGAAGUUUGGACAAGGGAGUGGUUCUACUUCUCAAGCAAUACUAUCGUCUCAGAGUGUUUUUCCAUUGCAUAAAGAAUUUGUAACUGAAGGUGUGAAGAAACUUGUUGAUGAGAUUAGUAAGAUAGAAAAGGAAAUGUCUUGUGUUGUGGUUGCGACAAUUAAGAUUGUGCAAGAAGAGUAUGGUUGGUUUUAUGCUGCCUUUCAUAAGUGUUUUAAGAAGGUGAUGGGUAAAGGUGAAUACUUGUUCAAGGUGCAAGUCCGGGUGCAGGAUGAGAGUGGUAGUGUUUCUUUUGUUAUGUUUGAUAGAGAUGUUCAGAAGCUUCUUGGAUUGGCGGCGAGUGACAUAAGAGAGAGGCAGCUUAAGGCCAAUGAUACUGGAUUCCCUCAUGAGAUAUUUCGAUUGGUUAAUAAGAAGGCUGCUUUUAAGAUUGAUGUUUCAGAGUUCAAUCUUAAAAAUGACUAUCGUGUUUAUACUGUCCAAAAAACAUGUGAUAAUCCAUUAAUAAUUGCUGAGUUAGUUGGUGGAGAUGGUAAUGGUGAUGAAAAUACUGAUGAGGUUACUCAAGAGGUAGCUGACGUUAAAGAUGUUAACAUUUUAGAAUCUUCCCAGGUGUCUGCUGAACGAACUUCAAGGGAUGUUGUUUCUGUUACGGCUGACUCUUCAGCCGUUGAAGUUGAAAAGGAUUCUGGAUCAAGUCCCAACGGAAAACGGAUGGCUCAAGAUGCUGAUGUUGUCAACGUUGGUGAGCUAUCCACUAAUGUGAGAAGAACCCAGAAGAAGCUGGCUAAGGUUAACAAUUAG